GAAAAAGAUUCUUUUGUAGAAGAAUACCAGUUGCAGUAUGUUCAGCAGUUGCUGAGAAAGCCUGUGCUUGGGAAUCCCCAGAAAAACUGGUUUCAGAGAAAAUUAUAUCAAUGGGACCCCUACUUUAAAUUCCCUGGCAGAAUAAUCAGCACAAUUGUUGUUAUGUUCAUAUGUCUUUACAUGUUUAUUGUGACAGAAUAUAUUCUCAUCAGUUUCUUAGUGACCUUGCUCAAAACAAUCUUUCAGUUCUUAAAAACAAGUAUUCCAGGUUCAGAAAAUGAAACGUGGACUCAAGGCUUUGAAGAGUUUAUUCAUAUCUUUGAAGGAAUUUGGAUUGCUACUACUAUAAUUGCUUCUGUCACAUGUGUUGGAUAUGUGUUUAACAUCUUAGUCUGCUACAGAAAACAUAUUAAACUAUUGAGGGCAGGCAAAAAGCACCUACUUGUGUCAGAAUCUAUGAAAGUUUCAUCUGCUCAAAGUGUGGUAGCACUGUCAAAGUUUAUCUCUUUCCAAGUUGCAUACAUAAUGUGGGGAUACCUAAUCAUGCACUUGGUGCAGUGGUUAUUUGGAAUGAUAGUUACGUAUAUUUUGAUUUUACCUAUGAAAAAUGGCAAAUGGAUGGAGCUUUUAAACAAAUGGGGAACUACAAUCCUGACAUUUGUCAUUGUCCUAGUGAUCAAGAAGAUACAAGUGCUUGCAGGCGCCAGGUUUUUUCUCCAGCCGAAAAUGUCACCGACUGACAGUCAAAAGCCUUUGGCUCUUGAUAACAGGAGAGGCUUCGUAAACUUCAGUUAUUUUUUAUUCUUCCAUUCGGUGGUCGUGGGUUUAGCUUCCUGUCUGAUGAGACUUGCCCGCAGCAUCAUUCUUGGAGUCUGGCUGGUUGGACGGAUAGAUAGGCCAGUAAUGCCAAAAGGUUAUGAACAAUGUGAUGCAGGUUACACAGUUUGGAUUGGAAUGCUGUAUCUGGACCACUAUCACACAAACCCCAUCCUUGUGUGCUUCUGCCAAAUCCUUUGCGACAAAUACAAACAGAAAAGGCUGUCUGCCGAUUCAUACUCCUCUGUGUGUACGCUUUUGGAAAUAGUUCCCAGAGUGUCUAGCAAAGCCAGGAUAAGAUGGUUCCUGCUCUAUACACUUCUGAAUAACCCCACUGUCCAAAAAGUCCGGAAGCUAAAACCUCUCUCUUAUUAAGUGGAUGGAUCAAAUCUUUUCUCUUUUUGACAAUGUGUGCUCAAUCUGCUAAGAGCAUAUAGGUGCCUCUGUGGUCAGCAACAAUUUAGUGUUUGAUCCAAGUUGUGAUCAGGAGGGGCUUGCUGACAUAUUCAUUUCUUUUCUAAAUGAACACUUGCACCAU